CUGUUAUCUUGUUGUUGACCACAAAAAGAAAAAGAAAAUUUCAGUCAGUUUUAUUUUGGUCGUUCGCAAGGUCGGUGGUUAAUAUACCUUUAAUUGGAAAUUAAAAAUCCAAACUUAAACUGUUUUUCGCGUGGUGGUAUUAAAGGUUAUUGCGGUUGCUCACCUCAAAAAUAUUUUCUUCUAAAAAUACUUCAUUGUAUAUUGUGAUGAUCUACUAAUUGGAAUACCUAGAUUUAAAAAAAAAAAACAUCAACAGUCAACUUUUAGUUUAUUAUGGGUAAAUGGACGGGGAAAAAAUGUCGUUUACUGUCCAUGCUUUGGCUGACCACGAUAUUUUUUUUUGUGGAAAUCGUAGUAGGAUACAUUACCAAUUCCAUGGCCCUUGUAGCUGACAGUUUUCACAUGCUGAGCGACGUUGCCGCCCUUGUAGUUGCUUUCGUAUCAGUACGGAUGUCACCGAAAAAAUGGGCCAAAAACACAUUUGGUUGGGCCAGAGCUGAAGUUUUAGGGGCUUUGGUCAAUGCAGUUUUUCUGGUGGCGCUUUGCUUCUCCAUUACAGUGGAGGCGUGCAAACGGUUCAUCGAAGUGGAGACGAUUCAUGAUCCUCAACUGUUGGUAGUUGUAGGAGGACUCGGAUUGCUGGUCAAUCUUAUUGGACUGUUGCUUUUUCACGAACAUGGUGGCGGUCACGGUCACUCGCACGCUGCCGGCGGUCUAUCGCACUCGCGCAACCGCCUCACGCAACUGGCGCUGACCGACGACAAUGAAAACGACGAAGCUUAUCCGUCGCCGCCUCCGCUGCCGCCACCAAAAGCCAAGGUGGUUUCGCACGGGCACUCGCACGGCGGCGCCGGCCAGAUGAAUAUGCGCGGCGUCUUUUUGCACGUUCUAAGCGACGCCCUAGGUUCCGUGAUUGUUAUAGUUUCGGCUUUGGUAUUUUGGCUGACCGAUUGGAAAUACAAAUUCUACAUCGAUCCCGCCUUAUCACUUCUUCUAGUUUUGCUCAUUUUACGCUCAGUUUGGCCCCUAUUAAGAGACUCAGCCUUAAUUCUACUACAAACAGUGCCAACUCACAUACAAGUGGACGCAAUUCAGAAAAGACUAUUGCAAAAUGUAGACGGAGUGUUGGCAGUACACGAAUUCCAUGUGUGGCAAUUGGCAGGAGACAGGAUCAUAGCAUCCGCUCAUAUUCGGUGUCGCAACUUGUCCGAGUACAUGAAAAUAGCGGAAAAAGUCAAAGAAUUCUUCCACAAUGAGGGCAUACAUUCGACAACGAUCCAGCCCGAGUUUAUCGACUAUACAGAUAUUCCUACAACGUCAAAGGUCGGAGAUACCAAUAACGUGUCGGAAGAUUGCGUCUUGGAUUGUCCAAAGUCUUCAAAGGAAUCGGACGAUUGCGGGCGGAAUACUUGUUGCGGACCUUCAAAGGGAAGAGAUACUCCCACCCCCAACAACACCCCGUAUCUUUGUCGUCAGCGCAACUCCACCAAUAGCGUCAACAUAGAAGGCGUAAGCGACAUGGAAAAGGGCAACUUACUAGAGAAAUCGCCCACUGAGACUUUGGCGACCGAUUGCGAGUGCAACAGCUUGAGAGGGUCUCAGUAUUCACUUCGAGGAUAAAAUCAAUCCGAUUUGUAGCCAAUUCAGGGAUCCAACAGAGAAAUAAUCAGUCAAUAUAAUUUUUAGUCAAAAUACUCGUAUAUAUUAUUGUGAUCUCGGGGGUAAGCCACAGGGUGGCCUUUAGUACUUAAAAUAGAAGAAACUUUUAGGGCAUUUUGACACUUUGUUUAGAUCUGAGCUUUAAACGUUUCUUUUAUAUAGGGUGCUUCGAAAAAGUUUGGUCGAUUUAAUGUUGAGGAACAGUGACUUAUAUUGAAAAUCUAUUGUCACAAUACAAUUUUCAUUUGAUUUAGUUCCUUUUAGUUGUUUUCACCUUUUUAAAAAAAAAAUUAUUUGCUCACACUGUAUACAAUAUUAUUGUAGGUAGGUAAUUUUUUUUUUUUUUUUUUUGUUGGUAUUUAUUUUUCAGUAUUUUUUUUUUACCAUACUAAAAAAUAAUCAAAUAGUUAAUUUAGUUUAGUCUUAUUUGCGUCCUAGACGCUUUAAUUUAAUUAUCGGUUAUAGGCAAUUGAUUGUAUAUUUUCUAAUUGUUUUUUUUUUUGUGAAGUUUAUUAUGACUUAUUGUAACUUACUGUGUUCAUAAAUAAAGAGAAUUGACAUAUUCCA